GUCUUUCCUAGCAUCCUGCAACGACAUAGCGUUCUCUGCGCUAUCAUUUGGCUUAUUUGAUUUCUUUCUUGGAUAUACAGACGUUCAGCUUCAAAAUGGAUCCCCGUCCUUUCCACAUACUGAGUUAUGGAACAUUGCUGGGGACGCAGAUUUUCCAGUCCUUCAUCGGAGGUAUAAUCGCCUUCAGAAGGUUGCCUCGCCCGCAGUUUGCAACCUUGCAAACGGGCAUCUUCCCAAUUUACUUUGGCCUUCAGACAGCUCUCCCAGUCGUUAUUGCUUUGACUGUGCCAAGUAGUCAAGGUGGAGUUACUGGGGUCUUACACUCGGAUGAUCGAUACAGCACUCUUCUUCCUCUGGUCACGGCGUUCGUGGCCGGCGUGAUUAACCUGCUAGUGAUGCAUCCAUUGGUGACCAAGACUAUGCGGGAUAGAAAGGCCCAGGAAACCCGGGACGGCAAGAAGAGUUAUGACCCCCCUCCUCACUCCAAGGAAAUGCUUGCCCUGAACAAGAAAUUCGGAAAGCUUCAUGGUCUGUCCAGCUUGGUAAACCUGAUUAGCAUUGCUGCGACCGCUUACUACGGCGUGGUAUUGAGCAAGAGGCUGUCCUAAUUAUUGGUUUUGGAUGGGGACAAAUUUGGCCAAAAGCUAUAUUAUUGGAGUUAGCAAGUUCUAGCAUUCGUGUAGAGUAUCAAUCGGCCUCUACGAUGCUCAUAUGUAUACUUAUGUGUAUCUAAUUGACAUAUUCAUCUAGCUUAGACGAAUUCUUAUCUCAUUCGUGUGUUCUAUUGUCGCAUUGGAGUGAAGCCA